AUGGAGAGGACCUUGAACGCACCACAGUAACAGUAUGGCGGCCGCGGCUGGAGCACGUCAACUUCUCCCAGAUUCCUUCCAGAAAACUGUGUAAAGGCGGUGGAUUUAUAGCUUACGCGCGGUCAAAAAACACCAGCCACACUGACGAGGAUCGAGGACCGAGGCACGGAGGUCUGCGGCCCGCCCUGGGGGACUCACGGCCGGGUAACUGCGGCUGGUGCGAUGCGAGUGGAGCCGCAGUUAAGUCCAGAAACUCCCCUGAUUUAGUGGCAGUUAGCCGGGGCUAGUUAGCCCAUCUCACCGCUAAGGCUAAGCUAACCUGCGCUCGCUUCCUCGGCUCCGUUGCGGCAAAUACCUGGGAUCUCCCUCAUGAAUUAUUGACACCGGGCGACAGGGAUGGCAUGUCGGCUUCAGCUGGUUAGCGAACUGAUUGAGAAGGGCCCAGGGAAAACAUUUGGAGUUAAUGGUGAUAAGUUUGUCAUUAGCCUAGCCUAGCCUGCCGCUGGUACUACGCCAAAACCAGGCGCUAACUCCCCUUCUCACCCCAGCCUACAGCUCCCAUUAGCAUUUAGCCGCAUCGACACACUUCAAACCAGUCUGGCCAAGUCUUUGCACGACACUCGAGUGGAUAACACAGAUUUGAAACGUGGGAAUAGAUUGUUUUAGCCUCAGUCAGCGUCAAUUUCUCAGGGUUGCCUGUUUAAAUUAAGGUGUUGAUAUGAGGGAGUGGUGACAUGAGCUAAUAUUCCGUGUAUUACCACUGCUGGAGCACAUUAUUACUGACAUGAAGAUUGGGUUUGUUUCAUUCAAAGCGUGUUAACUCCAGAGACUAAGCGCGAAACGACGUGCAAGAAGCGUUGAAGCAUAAAUCGAUUGUAUUUCUAAUAGCUUUACUUGGCAUUAUUACUCUAUGGUGAGUUGUACGGGACGGUAGCGUUAGAUUUGAUGGACGUGGAGGGCUGUCAGUGCUAUCCUCAGUCAUGUAUGUCUUGACACAUGGCACCGCGGUCUGUACAUAGUGCCUAGUCUUGUAUUGCUGCUUAAAGGUUUAGGUAUGUAGCUUUAGUGGCGCUAAAAUUGUAAGCCUUGGACUUAAACCUGGAGUCCUAGUACUCUAUUAAUCCCCAGAUAAUUACCCUCCUUCUCCAUUUGACCAAAUUAAUUAAGCUUCUCAAGUACCCCAGUGUUCUAACAAGGUGCUAGUUAGGUUUAGUAAGUAAUUUGCUGUGGUGGUAGAAUAAAUGAAACACUUUCCGUAAUUUUGUUUGUGAGUUUGGAACUAAAAAUCAGACCUUUUCAAUCAAUGAGUAGCAAGUAGGUCCAGUUUGUGGCUGAAUCCAAGGAAUGUACUGCUCCGAACGGUGGACAAUGCGCAUUAGUUAGUGCCUGAAGGAUUUACUGGACACUAAACUCGAGGAAGGGGACCCGGUGGAGUGGGAUUCAGAUAUUUUUUUUCUUGUGGAGAGACCAAGCAGCAUCAGCCACUCUGGAGCAGGACGGCCUCUCGUUGGUGUCUGGUUGGAGCAACACGCUGAAGCCCAAACCGAUGCCGUCUGCGCUGGCUGUGUUCACGUGCCGACCAAACUCGCACCCGUUCCAGGAGCGCCAUGUUUACCUGGACGAACCCGUCAAGAUCGGGCGCUCUGUGGCCCGCUGCCGACCCGCCCAGAACAACGCCACUUUCGACUGCAAAGUGUUGUCCCGGAACCACGCGCUCGUCUGGUUCGACCACAAGACCGGCAAGUUCUACCUCCAGGACACUAAGAGCAGCAAUGGGACCUUCAUCAACAGCCAGCGCCUGAGCCGGGGGUCCGAGGAGAGCCCCCCGUGUGAAGUCCUGUCCGGUGACAUCAUCCAGUUUGGGGUCGACGUGACUGAGAACACCAGGAAAGUGACUCAUGGCUGCAUCGUGUCCACCAUCAAACUGUUCCUUCCAGACGGGAUGGAGGCUCGCCGCCGCAGCGAUGUCAUCCAGACUCCACUGCCGCUGCCCGUAGACAAGGUGUCCGCCAACACUCCCAGUAUGUACUCUCAGGAACUGUUCCAGCUCUCCCAGUAUCUACAGGAGGCCUUACACCGAGAGCAGAUGUUGGAGCAGAAACUGGCCACUCUUCAGAGACUCUUAGCGACGACACAAGAGGCUUCAGAGAGCAGCUGGCAGGCCUUGAUCGAUGAGGACCGGCUGCUCUCUCGGCUGGAGGUGAUGGGCAGCCAGCUCCAGGCCUAUUCCAAGUCGCAGACAGAGGAGGGCAUCCGUAAAGAGCUGCUGGCGCUGCAGGAGGACAAACACAACUACGAGACCACGGCCAAAGAGUCUCUGAGGCGAGUUCUGCAGGAGAAGAUUGAGGUCGUACGGAAACUGUCUGAGGUCGAGCGUUCCUUGAGUAACACAGAGGACGAGUGCACUCACCUGAAGGAGAUGUCUGAGCGGAGUCAGGACGAGCUGAGGGAGCUAGCCAAUAAAUACAACGCCGCCGUGAAUGAGAUCAAAGAGCUCACGGACAAAAUCAAGGCUGCAGAGGUGCAAUACCAGGAGCAGACACAGAGGGGCGUGUCUGAGCGCAGAGAGCUGGAGCUGAAGGUGGAGGAGAUGGAGGAGAAGGAGCAGGUUCUUCAGGCCCGGAUCGAGGCUCUGCAGGCGGACAAUGACUUCACCAACGAGAGGCUGGCCGCGUUGCAAGUGCGGUUAGAGCAGCUUCAAGAGAAAAGCAUAAAAGAAAACAACAGUUUGGAUGUGGAUAUAGAAACUUGCGGCCCAGUAGGGGAGCCCGAAGAGGACAAAAAGGACCAAAAGAGAGAAGGAGAACUGUCUCCAGAGGCGGAGGAGGACAGUGAGUCUACAGAAGUAGUGAAUGUUGGGGACAUUCACUCUGAGCUCAUCACCGCAGUACAGGAGCCCGGAGAGGACAAAAAGAAGCAAGAGGGGUCACUGCACGAGGAAGAGGACGAGGACACAGACACAGAUGGGGAGGAAGAUAAUGAUAACUGUCACCUAAACAACAGCGGAGGAGACUCUACUCGAAUACAGCAGCUAAUAGAAUGUCCGCCGGUCAAACAGUCUGUCAGUUCAGCUCUUCACAAAAUUGCCAACUUUGACGAAGUGAUGGACGCUCACCUCCAGAACAAUCAAACAUCUGAGGACGAUAACCUGGGCAGCCCCGAUCGGCUUAAAGGUAUUUGUGAAAAAAGUAUCUGCAUUCUCAGACAGCUGCUCGGGGCCCAGGAGAGAGCCAACGCUGGCAAGCACAAGUGCCAACAGCUCCAGGCUCUUCUGGAGGAGGAGCGCAGGAGCAACCUCCAGCUUACAGAAGAGUCCACCAAACAGAUCCAGUACCUGCAGAGUCAGCUGUUGAAGCUUCAGGCAGAUAUGGAGGCUCUAAGAGAACAGAGGGAGAGCGCCAUCUGCAGCACCAGAGAGGAACUGUACUCUGCGCAGGAGGAGAUUCUCGUCCUUCGUCACGCACUCGACUCUGCCUCCUCAGAGAGAGAGAGGGAGAUCUGUGCUCUUCAGUCUGACCUGGCGUCUGUGCGAUCGGAGCUGGAGCAGUGGAGAAACACAGCCACAAAAUACGAGAAAGAAAUCAGCCAUCUGCAAGAGGUCUUCAGCCAGCAGCAGACCAGCACCCACAGCCAAAUACAAGCCGAGUGUGUGGCGUUGCAGCAGAAGUGUGUGAGUUUGCAGCAGGACUGUGACGCGCUCAGAGCUGAACGCACCACUCUGACUGACAGACUGCGCCACCUGGAAGAUGAGCUCAGCAGCUCUCGGCAGCAGAGCCAGGUCCUGAGCAGCAGUCUGGAGUCUCUGGAGAAACGUGAGGAGGUUCUUCAGGACAAAUUGGGCUCUUUAGAAAACCAGCACCUCCAGGACGCCAGCAGCCUGAAGACCCAACUGCACCAGGCCCAGGAGCGCACCAGCACGCUACAGAGAGAGUACGAGGACACACAGUCACAGCUGUCGGACCUGCGUCAGAGAUACGAGCGAACGGAGAGAGAGAAACUGAACAUCCACAAGGAGCUGGAGCAGUGCAAGAGCAGCCUCAAGCUCCUGCAGGACAAGACCACCUCUAGCGGCUGGAGCCCCUGGAUGCCGGUCGUCGCAGUGAUGGUCGCCGUGACAGCCGCCAUUCUUUACCCCAACCUCUCCAAGAGCAGCGCCACCUAGGGACGGGAGGCGGAACUACAAGACAACGUCAAAAUAAACACAAAAACGUAAUGAAAACUCCACAUAGGGAGCGGACACAUAAAACAAGUCUAAAUAUCGUGUAACGUUGGGGGCGCUGUGGAGAGCUUUACUUGUAAAAAGUCAAAUUGUACAUAAUUGUAGAGGGAUAUAAGGUUGUGGUUUGUAUGGAGAAGCAGAUUUUUGCGUUAUUUUACUUUUGUUUUUAUUCUGGGCUCUCUCAUUCUGGUGGGGGCUUCCUGGGUUUGUCUCACUGCUGAAUUAUUCAACCAGCGUCACAAAUGUUCUUGGAAACUGCCUAAAAUUACACCGUAAAAGUUUUUAAAAUCAAUGCUUUCCAACUGCUGAAUCACAGUACAUAAUUUUACUUUGUUUCAGUUCCUUUUUUAGUUUGGAUGUUUUUGUUCUGUAACUUGAGUGCCGCAAAAGACAUACCUACUUUAAUUUAUUAGCAAAUUAACUCCUUUUUAUUAUCGGCUCAAUUAUUGUCCAAAAUAGUCAGAGUAGAAAUCUGAACCGUUCCUGCCUUUGUAAAAAAUAAACAAAAUGAACAAAAAACAUUUCAAAUAACUAAAUUCAGCUGUUUGGCAGUGCAUCAGAUUAUUAAAAAAUAAAUAAAAAAAUUGACCAAAACAUUUAGUCAAAUAAAUAUUUUGUAAAAUAAACUAUGAAAAACGUCAUUUAAAAAAUAUUUUUAUUGACAAAAAAAUGCAACAAUCUUGAACUUAUUUCUUAUUUAAGCUAAUUGGCGCACAAAGUUGUAAAUACAUUGACUUGAAUUGACUUAAAUUUUGUAUAGAGGAUUUUUUAAGGGAAGAGAAAUACAGCGACAGUCCUUUUUCAAAUCUUGUGCCUGCGUGACACCACCUUCCUCCUCCACAACUCCCUCAGUAGAAACACCUCCUCCCGCCUCUUUACUCUAAAAAUCACGCUUGUUUACAGUCAGUUCGUGUUCAGAAUUACUGUUGAAGUGACCUGUCUAGAAAUAAUUUAGCGACCCACACGUCAGUUUUUAGACCCUUCUUCUGCUUCAUUCGUGCAAUCGCUGGAAGAGAUCUCCAAGAAUCACCUCAGUUUGGUUUCGCUCCUUUUCCCCUUUUCUUCUUCUUUCAGUGACCUCAAAAAUGGACUUUGUGGCGAACUGGUCGUGGAUUCUCAUCCACCAUCUCCACAAACUUUGUGCGACUUGCGAGGAAGCUACAGUUUAAGAAAGCCUCUAAGAACCGCUGCAUAAACCACGUAAUCCCCACAUGCCGCGAGUCAGUUACACUAGAAACGUAGGGAGUUUGAUUGACAACCUAACAGCCAAUAGAAAAUGAGGGAGCCUUGUUAUCUAUUGGCUGAUGUUUAUCUGGCCUCACUACGUCCACAGUUGAUAGAUUUUCAUUAUUAUUAUUAUUUUUUUAUUAUCAUAAUUACAAGGCUGCUGUGUCUCUGUAAUGGUAUUUUAAACUUUCAUUGACAAUUUGAAACAAAAAAAAAAUCCUCCAUACAACCUUUAAAACCUUAAAGUGCCUAUGACAGAUUGGAUUACGCAUUUCACAAAAAUGCAGUUCAGAUCAUUAUAUUUAAGAUUUUUCUAAAAAUUAAAUAAUAAUAAUAAGUCUGUUCCCAAUUUUUUAGUUUUCAAAUUUUACUUCUUGGUUGGAAUUCAUGACUUUACACUAUGGAUUUCUGUAACUGUUACCUAGCAACCAUGUAGUGCACUGGGCCAAAACCUCCUCUAAUAUUACACAGAAAUAUUUGAAUAAUGUAGUAAUAGAAUAAAAUAAUAGUUGAUUAAUAAAAAAAAUUAAGAAAACACCUAUUUUGUUGAAAUAAUGUUUAAAAUAUUCCGGGGUGAACUGUGCUGAACUUUUAGACAGAAUCCUCUGUAGUGUGACGUGGAACCCUCCAGAAUAAAACUCUCUACUUCCUGCAUCAUUUUCAACAUAUUUUUCAACUUUUCUUCACAAACUUCCUCUUGAUCAGUGUAAAACCAUAAUUUAUAUUUGCAGCAAGUAUUACCCCACCAAAUUAGAUCAAAAUUAGAGAACCAUAAACUCCUGUCAUACUCACUUUAAAAACUGAACAUUUGGAAAGCAUUGAUUUUUCAGGCAGAGUUUGUGGACGCUCAGUUCUUGUUUCUACUCAACGCGUUCCUGUUUUUAAGUGGUAGUUUUGUUUUGGGGGGCGAUGCUAAGACUUGAAGCCAAAUUAAUGAUUGAAUAAAUAAUAAAGUUUGAUUUUUUUUUUUUUUUUUUUUUUUUUUCCCUGCCUUUUUUUUUUUUUUUUUUUUUUUUUUUUUUUGAUUAAUUUUGCGGCGCGCACAGAGAAGGGGGUGGAAGUGCCUCUCAUGUAACUAACACCAUAAAAAAAAAUCACUUUUUUCUGAAUGAGAUUAUUUCACCAAAAGUUUGUUUCAGUCAGAGUCGCAGCGGAAUCAGACGCCAUGUUUUUGACAACUUAAAGGUGCACUGUGUAACUUCUUGUUUGGGGAGGUCUGUCACCUGUUUGUUUCUAUGGAGAUGUCACGGCUCUGCCUAGAAUGUGCCACAGUGUGACAUUAAACAGCUCUGCCUUACAUUUAUUCAAUUACAGGUUUUAUUUUAUUGCGCAAAAAUACCUUGAAAAACAAAAAAUCUGACUGAGAGGGGGGUCGCCUCUCCACAGAUCUGACCUGUAACUUGGUCUGGUUUGGUCUCCAUGAAGAUGUUAAAUACAAGAGAAAAGCAUUGGACAGAACCUCCACCAGAAAAGUUACACAGUGCACCUUUAAAAUUAAUAAGCUACAAUCAAAUUUUGACAAGAAUUACCAGAAUUUCUUUUGACCAGUAUCGUAUCUAAACUAUUGUAGUAACGGUUUUUACUACCAAAACUAAAAGCACUUUUUAAUUAUAAUUUGGUUGAAGAAAUCUUUAGAGUUCAGGGGAUUUAAUAUUCAUUUUCAUGUUAACUGUUAAAGUCCUCCCCCUAGCGAUGGUGGCAUAUUGGGUUUAACGUUUGCCAUCUACCAGAAGGUCACUGGCACAAACCUGGCUGGCGCACACUUCUGUCGUGGUGUCUCUUGGCAAGACACGUCGCCCAGAUACAGCACGCCACUCUAGUCAGUCACUGUAUCCGGGUUUGGUUAUUACAGGGAGGGCAUCUGGUGUACUGUUUUAAUACUAGACGACUUGACAGAUUAUCACGAAAAAUUUAAAGCUAAUGAGUGAAUAUUUAGAAAGGGCAGUUUGGAUACUUGCUUUGUAAUACAUCUAAAGAAAUGAUUGAAUUCAAUUGUUCAGAACUGUUGUGUAGUUUAAUCUAUUUGAAAUGCUCUUAAACAAAUGAGUUCAAAUCUAACCCACAACUACAUCUUAAAGGUGCACUGCGUAACAUUUCCAUCUGCUCGGCUCCGUGGAAACGUUAUUGCUUUGUCUAGAAUGUUCCACAGCAUAGAUUAAACCCGCCUGUCACGCGGGAGACAAGCAGGUCACGGCACUACGCUGCAUUACAGGUCGGAUCUGUGGAGAGGCGCCCCUAUUCGCAGAAGGGAUUCAUGUGUUUUUGAGCAAUAGAAACACCCGUAAUGAAUAAACGCUAGAGGGAUACGUUUAGUCAUACCAAGGAACAUUCCAGGCAGAGAAACGACAUCACCACGGAGACAAGCACGAAGUUAAACCUCCACUAGUUCUUUUUAAACAUGGCGUCCGAUUGCGCGGCGUCUCCCGAGUCGUUUUUUAUGUUAUUUUUGUCACUAAAUGUCACAUUUUUUUCAGUGCGUGAGAAUUUCGUGUCCAUUAUCCACACUUUGUCCGUGUAAAAUCUCUGUCUUGUCGUCUUCGUGUUCUGAAGAAUUUAAACUACGAACAAAUAUAAGAGAAACACUACAGAGAAUUGUAAAAUAGGUGUAUUGAGCGGAAACGUGUGUAGAUUAUUUUGUUUAGAGAGAGCUGUAGAGCAGAGUAUUAUAAAGAAGAGGAAGAUGUACUGAAAAUAUGCAGGUGUUUGGAAUAAAAGUUGUAGCAAGCUGACCCACCAA